AUUUCUUCAGCGCGCAAUUUGUUAUCGGCAUGCCCACACGCUGUUUUCCCCGAUGUUACAGAUUUGCCCAUAUGAAACCGAAACCGUCCUCAAUUUGUCCUUAUAAAAUAUUGCAAUGAAUGAAAGACUACAAAAUGGUUUGCACAUAGUGGAUAAUGAAUGGCCAGCCUUGAAUGAGCUAGACAAAAACUCAGGAAAUGCUAAACGAUUUAUCACUAGACUCAAAUCAAAACAAAAGUGGGAGGAUUUGCCUGUUCAACUCACUUUUUCUCAGAUUCAAGGCUCUUUAGUGUCAGAAAACAACCGUACGGAAAACGGGUAUGGCAAUGAUGAGAAUUUGAAGGAAGUAGAAACAUAUAAAGUUCCUGAUUGCACCGAACCAUUAACAAAAUCAGAGUCAGGUACCUUCCAAAAGCCUCAAAAAAACUACCCGAACUCCCAAUGGUGUUUAUACGUCAACCCGAAUUUCGCUGGAGUCGAGCUAUGCUGCUUAGUUCCUCGACCCGGAUUCAACCCUCGUGUAUUGUCACACUACCGACACCACGUUUCACGGAGUCAACAAUGUGAUUAUGGUACUAAUGAAUGUAUGGCUUGCGUAAGCGAAAGGCUUUCAAGGAUCAGGAAUCAGAUAGAAUACUACUUCGGCGACAGAAAUAUCACCCGAGACCGAUACCUACAAGAAAAAAUGACCACUGACGGAUAUGUACCUUUAGAAGUUAUAUUGAACUUUCCUAGAAUGAAGCAGUUAGAUGCUUCGUCCAAUCUUAUUAUUCAUGCUUGCCGUAACAGCAGUGUUGUGGAAAUCGAUUCUGAAAAAGGACUUAUCAGGCGUCGGUUAGUCAGUCCUGAAUGUCAUACAGUGUCAGAUGAACCCACAGUUUCGCACACUCAAAAUGCACCUAUUUCAACCUCGGUCAACACAAUGAGUUCCCCGUCAUCUACAUAUGAUAACCCCCCUUCAGAUACUGCAAAUAUAGAAGUAACAAACCCGGCAUCCACCGUCUCAGGUGAAAUGAACGAUGUUAAUUGGAUGAAAGUAGAACGUCGUCAACGAAAUCGUCUGAAGACCCUAUCUUUAUCCAAUUCAAACAUUCCGGCUACGACGACAACUAGUCAUCGUCAGAGAAACGAAUCUUCAUGUUCUGAGUUCAGUGAUGUUGAUGAAGAUGACCUUUUGAAUUAUCUGAUUGUCAUCGUUCCUGAAAGAGCCGGUGGACGCGCUUCUGACCAGAACACUUCUAGCACGAAAGCACAUGUAUCAAAGCCAUCUCGGACCUCUGAAUCCUGGAUUGAUAAAGGUGAUUUUGAAUCUGGUCCACUUAAUACUACACCAUGUAGUGUUACAAGUGACAAGAGUCAAGCCGUACAUAGUGGAGUUGCAUCUUCCGAUUAUACUACCACUUCCUCCCGCUUUUUGGGUAAACACCCAUCUGGUGAUCGUCACCCUAAUCCUGAUUAUCAGUCUCGUGCGAAGAUUCAUGCAGAUAUACUGCAAAGAAUUCGAUUGGGACUCGAGGAUUAUGAACAAAAUGUGAAGCGCGAACGUUACACCUCUAUUUGCGAACUCGGUUUUGAAGAUGACGUUGAAGAUUCGAACGUCUCAUUAUUGUCUGAUAAGUCAUCCAGUCAAUCUCUUACUCGCUUAGAAAAGAUUAACCUUGUUUCACCGGAAGAUUUUGUCAGUCUGAAAGAAGCUGCUGCUUCUGGUUCAACCGAGCGACCAGUCUAUAUUUCUCAUGAAAAUAUUAACAGCCUAGAAGACUCACACCUAAAUUCAGGUCGAUUAGAAAGGACUAAAACUCAAUCCGUCACAAAUUCCUACCCAACAUUUCCCUUCUAUUUUCCUAACUCAUUACCUCCCGAACCGUCUCAACUAGUUACUAGUUCCUCAUGGAUCCCCUCGCAUCCUGUCCUACCAUUUUAUAACAAUUCUUCCGAAGUAUUAAAUUAUUCGUUGGACAUGGCAUCACUAACACCUAGUCAAGUUGAACAACAAUUGGAGGCAGAAAAUGCAGUGGCAGCCCUAGUUGCUGAAGUAUCCAGGGCUGCUGUUGCAUCUGCCUCCCAAAGUCAGAAGCCUGCGGUAACAGAUAAACCUAGAGACAAGCAUACCGCAAGACGUCGUAUGACCGGCUUUUAUCCCGCUAAAGUAGGAUCUACUGGUGCUCGCAAGCGAGAUGAAUUAGAUGUCGGAUUUGCGUUUGAUAUUUCAUCCCGACCUUCAACUAAAACCAUAAAAGGUCAAACCAGCUGCGCAACUUCAAACGCUACGCUUGAAGAUAGUCGAAACCGAACUCCAAAAACACUCAUAUCUAUGACGAGUGAUGUUAGUACAUCUGGAACUACUGUAAUCAUAAGUACUGCACAUGCAACUGAAGAUGAUAAUGAGUCCAACUGUACACCAAAUGAACCUAUAAAAACUAGCCAGUCUCAGUUUUCCGUUCAUAAACAAACUCCUUAUACUUUCGGAAACCAUAUGAGUCAAUCGUAUAUUAGAGCUAGUGGUUUAACCUCUCGCGAAUACUUCCGCUAUCGUGCUGCCUGUCUGUUAGAUCGUGAAAAGUCAGGCGCAGGACAGUCACAGGAAAUGAACACAUUGUAUAGAUUCUGGUCAUUCUUUUUACGGGACAACUUCUUUCAUGGUAUGUACAAGGAAUUCAAACGCUUGGCUCUCGAAGAUGAAGCAUCUGGUUACCGAUAUGGAUUGGAAUGCUUGUUUCGGUUUUACUCGUAUGGUUUGGAGCGCCGUUUCAAAUGGUCUCUAUAUAAGGACUUCCAGGAACAAACCCUAAGAGACUACAAAAAUGGACAUCUUUAUGGGUUAGAAAAAUUUUGGGCUUUUUUAUAUUACAGUGGACGCAAAGUAGAAGUCAAUCAUACACUAAAAGAAUUGCUACAGAAAUACAGAACCAUUGAAGACUUUCGUGUCAAUUUUGAAGUUCCUGAUGGAUUUUAUGGUUAUCGCAAAAGACUUCCCUCUACAUCAGCUUCCGUGCCUUCAAAUAUUUCCUCCGAUUUAUCUAUUCAAGCUACUUCUGUUUGAGUAAUGUGUUAAUUACGAUAUUCCUACUGCAACCGGUUGGGUGACCAAUUUUCUACUAGCUAAAGAUACCUUGUCCUAUUUGUAUUUAAUUCAUUCUCUUGAUAAGUGUAUCAUUCAAUAUUCACCAGUAAUCCUAAACAACACUGAUGCGAUGCAAUUCACUGUCAAGACGUUUUUGAAAUUUUGUUAUUAUCUCUGCGAGUUAUGCGUGAUUAAUUAAUAAUCACACCUCGCCAAUCUAUUCUUAUUCAGUAUAUUUUUCCAAUAUAUGGCUUCCACUUUUUGAAUUAGUGUUUAAAUUUUUGUAUACACUUUUUCGUUUACUUAUGUGAUAAUACUACCGUACAAUUUUAUUCUAAAACUUAUUAUCUUUUUGGAUACAAAUAAACCCUUGUUGUGCAAAAUAGCAACAGUUGCAAAUUCAAAUCAUGCUGUUUUUUCCUUAUAAAAUGUCACGUAAAGUUUGACUUUUGUUAGGUGACAAAUUGUUUAAUUACAUACCUAUUGCACAUUUUAA